AUGAUUGAACUUUUUUCGAUUUUCACAAAAGGAGGCGUCUGCUUGUGGAAUUAUCAGGAAAGCGACGUAAAUUUCACGGAAGCCAUCAAUAAUGAGCUGAUUAAAGGAACGCUGAUGGAAGAGCGAGGAAACAAUGGGCAGAAGAAAUAUGGGAAUUAUACAAUGAAAUUUCAGCUGGACAACGAGUAUAAUGUCGUUUUUCUGGUUAUCUAUCAAACUAUCGUCAAUUUGAACUAUGCCGAAAAAUUGUUGGGAUUAGUUGGCGACACCUUCAGAAAUGCGUUUUCCGACAGUUUGAGGGAUGAAACGGCUCUGACAACCCCUCCAUCCAACAUCUACAGUACCUUUGACGACACAUUCGAUUCUCUACUCUCCCAAGCGGCCAAAUCAGCUCGUGCCACGGAAUCCAUCGUCAAGAAGCCAAAAUCGUUCCAGGAAUCGGCUAAAUCCCAAAAAACCAUCGAUUCCCUGAUCGUCAGCCGUCCGGGACACAAGAAACCAGACGAAAAAAACCAAAAAUCGACGGAAAAAUCGAUAAAAUCAGCGCAAAUCGAUUCGGGAUCCGAUUCGGAGUACACAUCCACGUCGCCGCCUGGAUCUCCAGAUGAAGAGGUGCUCAGAAGGCGUGAGGAGAUGUUCAAGAAGCGCAUCGGAGGGGGCGGAGCCAAGAAGAAGGGCGAGGAGCUGAGUCAGACGACGUCACCGAAGCCAAAGGGCAAACAGGCGAGAGUGUGGGCGUUGAGUGGAAAACCGUCGGAUUUGAAGUCGUUGGAUCGAUCCGAUCAGAAGGAGAACGACGACUCUGCUGCAGCCGAAGAGGACAAUCGAUUUGUGGAAUCGAUGAAAAAUCAGAUCGGAUCACUUCGCGGUGAUUUGAGAUCGCUGAAAGAGUCGGAUGACGAGGGAGAGGAGGAGGAGGAGACGCAGACAGUGGUCAAACAGACUGGUGGAUGGUUUGGAAUGUUGAAGGGACUGGUUGGCGAGAAGAAGUUGAGCAGCGAGGAUCUGACGCCGUUGGUCGAGAAAAUGAGAGAUAAUUUGAUCAUGAAAAACGUGGCCGCAGAGCCAGCGGAGAAGAUUUGUCAAUCGGUAGUGUCGAAACUCGAAGGAAAAGUGGUCAACAACUUCUCGCGGACCGCCCAAGAGGUUCGGACCGCCGUCCGCGAGUCCCUCGUUCAGCUGCUCACCCCAAAACACCGAGUGGAUAUCCUCCGUGACGUCAUCGAGGCGAAGAAAGAGGGUCGUCCGUAUGUAAUAGUGUUCUGUGGAGUGAAUGGCGUGGGAAAAUCGACGAAUCUCGCGAAAAUCACAUUUUGGCUGACGGAAAACAAGCACCGAGUACUGAUUGCCGCAGGUGAUACGUUCCGUGCGGGAGCUGUGGAGCAGUUGCGCACCCAUACUCGCCAUCUGAACGCCCUGCAUCCCCAGUCGGUGCACCUGUAUGAGCAGGGAUACGGUAAGGAUGCGGCUGGACUCGCGGCCGCUGCGAUCAAGAUUGCCGCGGAGAGAGACUUUGAUGUGCUAAUCCGUGUAAACGAGCCCGAUCUGGUGCUCUUUGUCGGUGAGGCGCUGGUCGGAAACGAAGCAGUGGACCAGCUGGUGAAAUUCAACGAAGCGCUGGCCAAUCACGCGGCGCCCGGUCAGAAGCCCCGCCUUAUCGAUGGAAUAGUACUGACGAAGUUCGAUACGAUCGAUGAUAAGGUCGGUGCGGCCGUUUCGAUGACCUAUAUCACUGGACAGCCGAUUGUAUUCGUUGGAUGCGGACAGACGUACGCGGAUUUGAGGAAUCUGAAUGUGGGAGCAGUAGUUAAUUCGCUUUUGAACUAG